AUGGAGGUCGGUUUACGACUGGUGCAAUUCCUGCACAAGAGCAUGGGCCGCCCCCACAACGCGCGUCGCAAUGUAAACAUGCAGUCCUUCAAAACAAUCAACAGUUACACAUUUCAUCACAAACUGGAACAGGACCAACACUUCAAAAUGGUGCCUGGUGAUAGAUUGGUACAGAUAGUGAGGUCAGAGGUCCCGGCAAGCCAUAAAUUAGCCGCUAUUGUAGACCUCAAAACCCAUAUAAAAACCAAUCAUGUUAAUAUGACCCAGGUUCAUUUCUACAUUGAAGCACUUUCUUUGGCAGUUGAUAUUCCAGAUCACGGUAUUCUGAGCAAUGCUUUUAGUACGUUGUCUCAUUUGGUCAAAAGAAUAAGCAUUCAAGACCUGACUGGGUCGAUUUUGGAGUCUCAUGCUUCAUUGAUCUUGCCAUCGAUAAUUACAAGACUCGGGGAUUCCAGAUCAAGCAGUCGAACCGCAGCGAAAAACGCGCUUGAGGCAUUCUGGCUCCUGAAACCUGCAAAGGUGGAGCAAUAUCUCAGAGAUAUAGGGUUGGCUCACCGUAAUUCCACCAUUGCUUGUGAGUGCGUUAGUUGGCUUCGCCAUAUUUUCUCCAUCACUCCUCACUUCAAACUCACGUCAUUCCUUCCCACCCUCGUCCUGCUACUCACAAAAAACCUGCAACAGCUUCAAAACGAGGUAUGUGCAUUACUUCAGUCAUACUAUAAGCUCAAGCACAACAAAAUUUUCCAAAUCGAUCUUCUCAAAGAAUUUGAAAAUCAAAACAUCCCUUCUGAUGUGCAGAAUUCCAUGUUACCUGACAUCGCCCCCUAUAUCAAACCGGAGCCUACCGUCAAGUCCCACAGUGCCCCUAUAAAGCCAACAAGAUCAACUUCCAUACGAACGUCAAGACCUCCAUCUCGAGCAUCUUCCCUCAUUAGAAGCUCCUCUACGUCAUCUAACUUGAGCGGCCACCGAACGUUGACAGUAGAAAAGAUUCCCGAAACUGUCUCUGAGAUCCUAGCGCUGCUCCCUGGCUACGGAGUCGAUUUUAACAUUUCCGCAAAAAACGUCACGGAUUAUCACGACCUUCACGAGCAAUUUCAAAGCCCUGCUUUCCAAGGUAAAGAAACCGAAUUCAAUUGGACGGCUCGAGAAAAAUACAUCGUUAACUUGAGGGCUAUCAUACGUGGAAACGCUCUUAAACACUAUCAGGAUGAUCUCAUAUCAUGCAUCAAGGAAUCGAGCGAAAAUAUCAUUAAAGCAGCAACAUCGCUUCGAACAACUUUGAGUACAAAUGGAUGCCAGCUUGUCAAGGAGAUAGCAAUAAUGCUUGGUACAAACGCUGAUCCACUCAUUGAUUGUUUUAUGAGUACCUUCAUGAAACUUUGCUCGUCUACCAAAAAUAUCACUUCCAACAAUGCAAAUAUUGUCUUGUGUGCUUUAUUCUCCAACUGCUCGUUCAACUCCAAAAUCAUGGUCCGUGCACUAAUGGCGUCACUGGAGAAGAAUGCCCAACCUCGUACAUUCAGUGGUAUUUGGCUCCAAAUAUUUGUCACCAGAUUCCAAAGUGCGUUACAUCAGAACACGCAAAACAAAGUUACAGGUGUUGAGCUUUGUCAAACUACGUUGAUGAAAAUAUUGAAAGAUCCUAAUCCGACUGUACGUACUUCGGCGAAAACAGCAUACUGGUGUUUUGCGAAUGAGUUUCCUGAAGAAGCUCAAGUGUUACUUUCGAAAUUGGACACCAACACAGUACGUGCAUUACAACGAUCAAAACCUCUGACACCGGUUAGUGCGCCCUCCCAUGCAGCUACUAACGGACCUGCAAGUACGCAACCUUCGACUUUCCGAAAAACUGAAUUUAGGGAAAGUUCAAAUAAGCCUCAUAUUGCACUGAAAAUGACAGCAAAUCUAACGAUGGAAAACAACUACAGAGAUAAGUUGCUGAAUGCCAUACCUGAGAGAGUAGUAGCUGAACCUAUACCCUCCAAUCAGCCACGCAAAUGGACCGCAAAAUUGCAUACUCAAAGCCCUGUUGAGAGACUGUGGAACAAUACUCCAGAAAUUGCUACUCCUGCUCAAAAGACCCCCGAAGCUCCUAAAAGUGUAUCACCUAUACCAUAUUCUGAUGAGGGCCAAAAGAAUGUUACUGAUGGCACAGUGGACGCAGACCAUGACAGUCCAAUGAAGAACGGCGAUCAGGACAAGGAUAUAAUUUUAAACUUUUUAUCAUCCUUCGACGAUACCAUUUUGGCAGAAGGCGUUGGUCUACUCAAAUUUGCAAUAAUUGCCGAAGAAGAAUUAUCGCAAGAGUUCCCUGCGUUACUUGCGAAGAUUUCCAAUAGGGACCCUUCGAAGUUGGAGCGUCUCUUUACUGUUUCGGAUGAAUUCUAUAAAAAAUCGUUUCGUCUAUUCAGCUUAUCAGAUUAUUUGAGGCUUUCGUUUGUCUUCAUCGACAAUAUCGAUUCUUCUUUCGUUCUGUUUAUGAUAUCACAAGCAUCACUGGAGGAACUUUUCGACUGCAUUAUCCGCAUUUUAUCUUACACCACAGAUCGAACAAAUAUUGUUGAAGGAGACGGUGUAAUGAGACAAGUUAUACGUUACAAACAACGUCUUUGGCGUUCGAUGUUUAACUUUUUAACAUUGGGUUUGGAUAAAAUGGCUAUUAGUGACGGAAACUUUAGAAUGCUUUCGGCAGGCUUAUUCGAAGUGUUUUUGUUGGUGCAACAUACUCCACUCUAUGAGGUUGUGAAAGGGUUACUAAGGAAGUUAUACCCGAUUAAUAGAACUCUCUUCACUUCUGAAUUGCAGCUGACCAGUCCCACCAUCAUCAGUGAAGUUGAGAGAACCGUUGGGAUUGACAACACCCUCAGUUUGUCGAACGGUCAAGAUUUUACACAGUAUACUUCGGUCAUGGAAUUGACAAAAGUGAAUCCGGUGGAUGUUUUGAGUAGACUAUCACCGGUCAAAGAUUUUGACAAUUUUUCUACUUUGAUGGAAAUCAAAGAAGGAGAGAAAGAUAGCGAUUGCGAGAUGCACGAUGAUCCUGAAGUCAAAGAAACGGAGAGCAAGGUACUAGGCAGCACGCCAAAUUUUUCAGAACCUGAAGAGCGAUUACACUCGGAUCAUGACGUCAACGUGUUUGUCGAUCAGGAUGGACUCCGUAGGUCAGACAUGUUUGCAAAGUUCAGUCAAUCGGCAACUCCAUCAUCGGGACUUGUUGAUGGUUUAGCGCUGGUGCAGUUAUCUGAGAAUGAAGAUGGAAGAGUGAGCCUAAUUCAGGAUUUUAUCGAGAAGGUUGACCCCUUGAAAAGGCUUUCUUCAAAAAGACGUUCGGUAUCAAUCUAUGAAGAUAAUAACGACUUUGGGUCUCCGCAAAAAGUCAAGGAACACUCAUACUCGACAUUCAACUGGUUUAACUUUCAGGUUGCACGAGCAGCAAACACGAGCUGCUACAACUUCAUACCAGAAAAUGAUGUGUCUCAUUUUCAGAAACUUUGUUCUCGACUCGAACUGAAAACAAUCGAAGGACUGGAUUUCAUGUUUCUUCUUAACCUACUUCAGUCUCUGGUAUAUCGUGGAUCUGAAUUUUACGACUACUUCCAACAGGAAGGGUUUGAGGUUCUUGUGUCCUCGCUAUGGAAGUUUUUAGGCGAUCAGGACCUCUCAUCAUCACUUAAAUUACAAGGUUUGAUCAUCGUGAAACAGUUACUUGUGAACCGCGAGCCAAUGGAAAUACAAAACUUAUGGCGCAGUCUUGUGCUACUCAGCGUUGAAACAUCAGCACAAGACGAACUAUAUCAUGGAAUCAGAGAAACAUUCGACGAGAUGUUAUCAGGACUCUAUGCUACACAAAGCUUGCUAAUGCUUGUGGUUCAAACAGCCAAGGAACCUCAACUCGUUGACUCUACUCGCGUAUUUGUGUAUGACUGCUUGUUCAAGACAUUAAAUGCCAGUUCUAAUUCAGCCUUUUGGACAAAUACGCUACUUAUAGAGGUGGAUUUAUCGUUGAGGCAUUUCAUGGAUAGCGAUAUCGUAGACGUUCGCCGCUACGUCAUGCUAAGCUAUGGGAUUUUGCACAAGAUUAUCCGCAGUCGUCAGGCGGCACCGAUUGCAUCGAAUGAUAAACCGGUCAUUACCCAUGAUAUUCUCGACGGUAUGACUGGCCCCCAGCAAAAGUUAGUGUGCUACUAUAGCCAAAGUUAG